AUGCCCGCCCGCGACGUGGUGCGCACGUCCGUGCUGUCGCCGCCGUGGCGCCGCCGCUGGGAGUCCGUGCUAGACCUCGACAUCGAGCUCCACGACGUACCUGACGAAGCCGGCGCUUGGGGCUCCAUCGCCGGCUUCCUCGAGCGCUGCGCGGCCCCCGUCGGCUGCGUCAGCAUCCGCGGCGUCCCGCUGAGCGUCUACCACCGCACCGAUGACUGGGUGCGCGCCGUCGCGGGGAAGAGCCCGCGCUCGCUGUCCCUGGCGCUCCCCCUGGCCACGCCGCUGCCGUCGCUCUUCCACUGCGACCCCGCCGUGCUGGGCGAGCUGGAGCUGCGCUGCUGCGCGAUCCCGGCGCCGCCUGACGGCUUCGCGGGGUUCCAGAGGCUAAACAGGCUCGAUCUGGACGACGUGGUCUUCACAGGAGGGAAUGCGUGGGCGCAGCUGGAGGCCAUGGUCUCAGCGGCCGCGCCCACGCUCGUGGACCUCCGCCUGCAAAACAUCGCUUUCGCCGUCGCCGAUGACGGGACCGUCCCAGGCGGUGGGUGGGUCAUCCAGGCGCCCAACCUCCGUCGGCUGGUGCUGCGCCUGAGGAUCGCUGGCGCUGGCCUCUGGGAGCUUGGGCCGCUGCCGAACCUGGAGUUUGCCAGAAUCUUCCUCAACGACUCCGCAGAGAAUAUAGACUACGUCCAGAUGUUCACAGCCAUUUCCAACGUCAGGGAGCUUCACAUCGGCAACUUUGACAUGGCCACACAGGCAGCGGCAAUCAACAUAUUCCAAGAUCUUUUGUGGAGAUUUGAAAAUCUAAGUAUUUUGAGACUUGAUACAAACUUUUAUGUUCCACCACAUCAUCUAUUCAGUCUUUCUCGAUUCCUUCAAACUGUUGAAAUUAAG